CACAUGCAUGAGGUUUCUUACAUUCCAAAUAUUGCGCCUUGGCCCCUCCCAUCAGUUCUGCGAUUGGCCAGAAGUUCAGCUGCAGGAGAAGCACAGCAGAGCAAUGCUGCUGCAAACCCUGGGUUCGCUUGAUCAGAAUCUAUGAUCGCGUUCAAAGCGGGCGUCUGGAAACAUGGUCGGAGAUGACAGCGCGCUCGUGCAGAGAUCCCCAAAAAACGGAUUAAGCUGUAAAAUGGUCCUUCAGGCGGUUGGCAAAGUGCUGAGGAAGGGCAAAGGGAAGCCCAAUGGAAAGAAGCCGCCCACCGAGGAGAAGAAGCAUUACCUAGAUGCAGAAUACACCAAAGUAAGAGUCGUCGACUUCGACCUCAAGGAGCUGGUGGUUUUGCCGAGGGAGAUCGACCUGAACGAAUGGCUUGCUUGCAACACCACGACGUUCUUCAAUCUCAUUAACCUGCAGUACAGCACAAUCUCAGAGUUCUGCACGGGGGAGACGUGUCCGGCCAUGACCGCCUGCAAUACGACAUACUACUGGUAUGAUGAAAAAGGGAAGAAGACGAAAUGCACAGCGCCGCAGUACGUGGAUUUCGUCAUGAGUUCAGUCCAGAAGCUGGUGACCGAUGAGGACAUCUUUCCCACCAAAUAUGGUAAAGAGUUCCCCAACACCUUCGACACGCUGGUGAAGAAAAUCUGCAGGUAUCUCUUCCACGUUCUGGCCCACAUCUACUGGUCCCACUACAAGGAGUCGGUGGCCAUGGACCUGCACGGACACCUAAACACACUCUACACGCAUUUCAUGGUUUUUAUAAGGGAAUUCAAUCUGAUGGACCCCAAGGAGACGUCCAUGAUGGACGAUCUGACGGAGGCCCUGUGCACUCCGCUGCCCCCUCAGCCACAGAACCACGUGACGGAGAGAUGAGUCCGGCGCCGCUCCAUCUCUGACCUGCCAAGCCGGGGUUCAGAAGGACUGCUGGGACUCACAGACCUUCACCCUCCCAGAACAUUGCUCUCUUUAGGACCCAGUGUAAGGAGCGCUCAGCCAGGCCUCUCGCCGAAUGACCUCAGACGCGGCCGUCUAACCCUUUAACCAAGAACAACCUGACCAUGCUUCGGUUUCCUUCCCGUUUUCCGCUUUCUUUGGCGUCUUCCCUCGUCUUUGCCUCCGUUUGAUGCAGCAGUUUCCCCUCUCUUGGUUUCAUAAGGGUGUCGGCCUGGUCCUUGUGUACGGUAUAAAGGUUUCUUUUUCAUUUUUAUAGGGUAAAAGGGGUGUGUGUGUGUGUGUGUGCGCGUGCGUGUGUGUGUUCAAGGCUUUUGCACUCAGGAACUGAGAGAGCUGUCAAUGCUACCUGCUCACCCAUAAGCCUCUCGGUGUCACUUUACUCAUCAUAUAGCAAUCCCAUCCUCCAAAACGCCGGCCCUCUACUUAUAUGGGACAGACUUGUUGCAUAUUAGCAUGUUAACCACUGUAGAGGAGAGCCGAGUUGAUUCGGGCGGCCAUUUUGGCUCCAGGGCCUGGGUUUCACGCGUUCUCCCUCGAGAAUGACAAGGACAUUCGCGUUGUCUGCUGUUGAAUCCGAACGCCUGCUCUCCAGGCUCUGGAAAUGGCUUGUAAUCAUGUCUAGCCUCAUUCUGAAAAGACGAUUUGUGAAUGGAAGAGAAUGUACAUUUUAGUCUCUACGUAUCGAUUGCAAAGAUUAUUAUCUUAGAGUGACUGAGAGAGCGAGAAAAAGAGCGACAGAUGUUUUAGUUCUCCCUUCAUCACUGUUCAGAGAGUUUGUGUUGCGACGAGAAGAUCAGACUUUUUUGCUUUUAUUUAAUUUAUUUCUCGGUUUUCUUUUUCCUUUUCGUUUCGGUUUUAGUUGACGUUUUUCAGGGCUCCUCAGUUCUGGCUUUUGUUUUAUGUAUUUUAAUAAUACUUUAAGUUAAAAGCGAUUUAAUAUUUUAAGCUCUGCAAAUUAUAACCUAAUAAAAUAUUUAAAAGUCACAAACA